AUGGAGCAAUACAUUGAUACCAUAGUUGUUGGGGCAGGUUUCAGUGGAAUAUAUCAGCUAUGUAAGCUCCGCGAACUUGGUCUCUCAGUAAAGGCUGUUGAGGCUGCUCCUGAAAUUGGAGGUACAUGGUACUGGAACAGAUAUCCUGAUAAGGAGGAUUUACUCACUUAUCCUUGGAAUACUCGAUAUCUUUCUCGAGGCGAAAUAAAAGACUACUUGAAGCAUGUAGUCCAACGCCAUGAUCUGGAGAAGUAUAUCCAAUUGAACACCCGGAUGGAGUCGGCGCAAUAUCUUCAUCACAGCUGGCAAAUACACCUGUCUACUGGUGAAACUUUUCGGGCGAGGCAUCUCAUCACAGCGCUCGGGGCUCUGUCAAAGACAUAUUUUCCGCAGAUACCUGGCCUUGGUACCUUUUCCGGUGAAAAGGAUCAUACCGCAAACUGGCCAGAAACCCAUAAUUUCUCAACGAAACGACUCAUCAUAACGCUUGCUGACGAGGCCAAACAACUGCUUUCAUUCCAAAGACAUCUACAACACAUAGUUCCAAACGGUGAUGGCCCGGUUUCAGCAGAAGAUCGAAAACAGAUCAAUGAAAACUAUGAUCAAAUAUGGCCCAACGUCAAGACAAAUCUCUCAGGACAUGCGAUUACAGAAUCGUCAAUCCCGACAAUGAGCGUGACCACUGAGGAGCGUGAGCGCGUAUUUGAACAAGUCUGGCAGACAGGCAACGGGAUUAACUUCUUGUUUGGGACUUUUGGGGAUAUCGCAACAAGUGACGAAGCGAACAAAGAAGCGGCGGACUUUAUACGCAGAAAUAUCAAACAGGUUGUCAAGGAUCCCAUCAAGGUCCGUAAUUUAACUCCGCUCGGUGCAUUCAACCGCCGCCCAGUGACAGUCAACGGCUACUACGAGACUUUCAACCGAGAUAAUGUCGACGUCGUAAACGUGCUUAAUACGCCUAUGGAAAUCACCCCAACUGGUGUUAAGCUCUCGGACGGUACAGUGUACGACUUGGACGCCAUUGUUUUUGCCACGGACUCUGCCGCUGUCGAUGGCAUGUACCAUGAUAUCUCGAUAAUUGGGGAAAAUGGCCAGCCCCUGCAAAAUCACUGGGUCGAUGGCGCAAAGGCAUAUCUAGCCACUGCAAUGAGCGGCCCGUUAACCAACAUGCCGCCUCUCAUUGAGACCCAGGUCGAUUUUAUCACAAGUCUCAUUGCCACUGCAGAAGCACCCAAGGAACGAAUGCCAAUCGAGGCUCAAAACGCGGAUACGCAGCCAUGGCCAAUCGUCGAAGUUACACACUAA